AUGAUUUUAAGGAUUUCUAUAAUCUACAUAUUUCAUUUAAGUUUAUCACAAAGUAGCCGCAUAUAUCCUAAUGAAUCGCUCUGUCUUACCGGGUAUAUGACCGACCUGCAGUCUUGGGUCACCAAGGAUGGCCAAUUGACAGUCAAUGACUCACAGGCAAUAGAUCUAUCACACGUACAAAAUGUUGCCUCUGCUAUAGAGGAAUAUAUGGAGAACUCUGGCCGACGGAAACUCGUGGACAACAUAAAAUAUCUGAGUGUAGCCAAAUCUAGUUUACAACGAGUUCCUCCGAUUUUCACCUUUCAAGGUAACUUACAAAAAUCCAUAUCGGAGAGUUUAGAAUACGUCACAUUCUAUGGAAAUUCAUUUGGAAGAAUACGGGAGACGGGGGCUUACGAGUCGUCCAUUAACGCCACAUUUGCAAAAGAAGUGUUUCCGGCACUAGCUAGUAAUACAAGAAUACCCUCAUGGUCCAUCGGUCUAAGAAAUGUGACAUUUAAGAGAUUACGCCAGUUAGAUCUGCGAGCGUGUAAAAUUGAUACCUUGGACGCGUUCACAUUCAUAGGAAUGCCAUCCUUAACUCAUUUGUAUUUAGGAGAAAAUAAGAUUACGUUUAUAGAUGCAAAUGCCUUUAGUGGCCUCAGCAAUCUAGUUCAUAUCGAUUUAAGUAGAAUGACAUAUGUCGAUAGGAAUGAUCCAGUGAAAGCUCUUACAUUUGAAUCUAUGGAUACUUUUGCUCACUUGAACCUGAUAUCACUAGACCUUUCAUUUACUCCUUUGAGCACAAGAAAUAUUCCUCUAUUAAGCCGACUUGGUAAUAAGUUGGAGAGGUUAUCCAUAUGUUAUACAGAAAUAUUCAAACUGCGACCAAACACUUUCGGUAGUUCACCACUCAAAUAUUUAGAUAUUUCCGGCAACAGUGAUAUCAUAUCAGAUAAUGGAACUUUAAGAGGAUUAGAGGAUACACUACGAGUGAUAUAUGCACAUUCAACCCUUUUGAGUACACUGCACGUUUUCAAAGGUUUUAAAAAAUUAGAAAUUCUGAAAGUUUCGCACAACGAAAUAACCGAUAUUCCAAAAACCACGAUGGAGACAUUAGAAAAUUUGCAAGUACUAGAUCUAGGGCAUAAUAGAAUUUCCAUUUGGUUUUCCCCUGUUAUUUCAAGUAUGCCUCGCUUAAAACUCCUGUCUUUGGUGGGAAACAAUUUGAACAUGUUAUCUGAUGUAAUUUUAUCCGAUAUAAGCAAUGUAAAGUACCUGUCUUUAUCCAAAAACACAAUGAUUUGUCAUUGCCUUAUGAGAGAGAUAUAUGAAAUUGCGUAUGAAAAUGAAUUGAAAAUGACGCAGACGCCGCUUGAGCAAAUUACGAAUGAAAAUAACAUUUUCCACAUCGGCUAUUUAGAAUACAACAAUAUAAUCACGAAUAGAACAAAUCUAACAUCAGCAUGCCUUAAAAUGGAUAACGAAGAUACAAUAUCAAAUUAUUUCAAGGGGUUUCCGGUUAAUAGGAGUGGAAAUUACUUGUUUUUGGAUUACGAUGAAGAUGCAUAUAGCUGUUUAUCUUUUCACACAGGAAUUAAAACUUUUUUGAAUGAAGUACCUACGUGUUCAGAGGACAUGAGGGACAUGCCCGAUGAUUUGACAGUGGCAACCCAAAGCAAUCUCAUGCUUCUCUUAAUAUUAUUGAUAACCCUGCCUAUUUUAGUGUUCAUCUAUAUUUUUAAACGGAAUUUUAAGUACUUCUUGAUAACAAUGAGAAAUUCGGCUAUGUUGAGUUUAAUCAGUGACAAGGAUGUUAAUUAUGUCGAAAACAAACUAUUCAAUUACGACGUAUUUGUGUCGUAUUGCAAUGAAGACAGGGCAUGGGUGCUGGACCAAUUGUUGCCUCACGUGGAGAUUGACUGCAACAUAAGCGUGUGUUUACAUGAGCGAGAUUUUCAGGUUGGACUCUCAAUAUUAGAGAACAUAGUAUCAUGUAUGGAUAGAUCCCGGUCUAUUAUGUUAAUCAUAUCGAGACGCUUUCUUCUCAGCCAGUGGUGUCAAUUUGAAAUGCACUUGGCUCAGCAUAGAUUGUUAGAGACGAGAAGAGAAGAUCUAAUUCUAAUUCUUGUAGAAGAAAUUCCACGUCGCCUACGCCCAAAUACACUACACUUUCUAAUGCUGACUAAGACCUACAUCGUCUGGCCGAAAGAAGAAUCAGAGAAGAAGGAGUUUUGGAAGAGAAUGAAGAAGUCCCUAGUCACACAGAAAUUGAAAAACGUUGAGAAUGAUUCUUUAGCUUAA